AUGGAUAAAUAUCUGCUCCCUUAUCUCUGGAAUUCAUUUCUCUUUUUAUUUGAAUAUUACGAAGCUACUGGGGGAACAAGGAAGAGAAGAAUAUAUGGUCUUGGAUCUCAAGCACAAAGUUAUUAUGGGCCGAAUCUUUGCGUCAAUUCUGGCUUUAAUGCUUCAGUAUCAGCACCACCUUCAACUUCUCAAUCAGCACCGAUAGAAAAUAUGGAGGAGUUAGUGAUGCGAUUGAUUCCUACACUGACUGAUCGCUUGCUUCCUUUAUUUAUUGAGGAGGCACGCAGAGUGAUUUCUUCACCAUCACAUCAUCCAAAUACUCCUAUCGACAAACCAUCAAUUGUGAUACCCAUAGUGCCUCCUCCUACUGCUGCUAACAUUGAUGAUGUUGAUCCUUUAGUUUCUGAUAAUGAUCAUAGUCCUUCACCCAUGCAUUAG